AUGAUUGCGUUGUCCACGGCAACCCACACCUCCAUAGAUAUUCCCCUCACGGAUGUUGAGGAAGCUCUUUAUACUCAAGCUGGAGCCAGAGAAGUACCGUUCCCUGGUAUGGACAAGAGUGGUAGAGGAGUAUGUUUAAAACAUUAUCAAGGAAUAUGUUCGUUAGGCCCGGUAUGUCCAUUACGACAUCUUGUAGGUGAUAAAAUGGUAGUUUGUAAGCAUUGGUUACGUGGUUUGUGCAAAAAGGGUGAUCAAUGCGAGUUCUUACACGAAUAUGAUUUAACGAAAAUGCCAGAAUGCUUCUUCUUCUCCAAAUACAUGGCUUGCAGUAAUAGGGAAUGCCCGUUUAGACAUAUAGAUCCUGAAUCCAAAUUGAAGGAUUGUCCGUGGUAUGAUCGAGGUUUUUGUCGACAUGGACCAUAUUGUAAACAUAAACAUAGGAGGCGUGUUAUGUGUCCCAACUAUUUAGCAGGAUUUUGCCCAGAAGGUCCCGAUUGUAAAUUUGCUCAUCCAACUUUUGCUCUGCCAGCAGCUGAGAACUCUUCCGCUAACAAUAAAAAGACGUUCAAUCAAUUAAUCACUUGUCAUAAUUGUCAUGAACGAGGGCACAAAGCCACUUAUUGUCCCAACUUGCCUCAAAAGACGGCAACAGAAAUCGUGAAUACUAACAGUCGUGGUCCAGUUGAUCUUUCAUUAAUUCCAGAUAAAAAAGUUCUCUCAGAAGUUACUUGCUAUAAGUGUGGUGAGAAGGGACAUUAUGCCAAUCGCUGUCAUAAAGGUGUUCUGGCUUUCUUAUCGAAUACUGCUCAUUUAGCGCAGGAACAAAGAGAGAAAGAUGAGAAAGAAGGAAGAUAUAUGCCUGGAGGAGGGUUCUUGAAUCCGCCGACAAUGAACACAAAUCGAAACGGUUAA